CGGGUUUCAGUGCCCGCGUUCGUGUUGUGUGUGUGCGUUUGAUUCGAUAAUUGCACCAUCGUUGCUUGAUUAUGCAUCUAGUAUACAUGCAUCCAGGGUUCAUACUACGCGUCGUCGUCGUCGUUUUGAUCUCAUUUUGGUUGCGAAUUUGGCGUCCGAUUCGGUUUGUUGUCGGAGGAUUUCGACAAGGAGGGAUAAUUUACGGGCAUUGAGAUUGAUCGAUGAUCCGAUCUCGAAGCUGAGGUUUCGUGGAGGCCUUGGCAGAGCGCUCGUACUUCGGUAGUUUGAAGGGUUGAUUCUUAUGCGGGGACUUCAGGUGGCGUAGCCAAGCAGGGAAGAAAUGGAAAACGGAGUGUUGCUCCAAGCAUUAUAACUCCAGAUUCAUUGGAUUGGUUUUGGUUCUCAAGGUCCAGAUCUGCACGACAGAUGUGGGCCGAGUCCUGAAGUGUUGUUGCUGCUUUCAUGGGCGCUACAUUUAAAUGAAAGGGAUUUAGCUUAUUUGUAUGUUAUUGAAGGAGCAAUUACAGGCACACAAGAGUUUACUUAUCUGAGUAUUGAAUCAUCGUAAAGAAUCGUAGGGAAGUCCUCACUGGCUUCUAUCUAUCAAGCUUUCUGGGCAUGUGGAUUGUGCCUAUGAACACGCGUUAUCAAAGAAUGCGGGCCUUCUGGCAUGGCUGAUGGAAGAAGCGGCUAAUGCAUUAGCAGAUAUUGUAGAACGGGUGAGCUCUUGGAUCCCUCGCCUUGGCAGCAGGGAGGAUGAUGCCACAAUCAUGUCUCGAGAUUUUUGGAUGCCCGAUCGGAGCUGUCGCAUGUGCUACGAAUGCGAUUCUCAGUUCACGAUCUUCAAUAGGCGACAUCACUGUCGGAUUUGCGGCCGUGUUUUUUGUGGAAAAUGCACUCUUAACACCAUUCCUGCCUCAUUCUGCUCUCGCACUGGCCACGACGAGAAUGAACGAGUCCGUGUGUGCAAUUUCUGUUUCAAACUUCGCAGGGAGCAGGAAUAUACCGAUCGGGUAAUUCUUUCUGUGGACUCUCCUUCCAGUCAGAUUGUGAGUCCAUCUGAGCCAGGGUACGACUUCAACAUGGCAUCAGGCUCAACUACCAAAACCCUUUCCAGAAAUUACGACCCAUCCUACUCUCCAACACCUACCCCUGCAUCUGACGGCACUGUUGUGGAUUUGGAGGCCUCUGUUGAUGGGAAACCUGUCUGCCCAUCAUCCAUGGGCACUCAACCCGACAGUACUGCGUGCCUGCACAUGCAAUCGAGGGACCAGUCCUCAAGCUUCUAUGAGUUUUGCAGAAGCGAUGACGAGGAAGAUCUAGGUCAGAAGACUGAAAGAGAUCUUUAUGAUGAGGAUGAUAGCGUCCUAGACCUGGACUAUGGAGAUGGUAGUCGUGGAAAUGUACAUAUUCCAAAAGAGGAUUCUCACCAUGCGGAAAGAGUUCCCGUGUUGGUUGAUAAAGCCAGCGACAGCAGGAUUGCCGAUGGGGAGUCUUCCGCAAUGUGGAGAACUACUCAAUCAUGUGAUGACAUUGAGAGUCUUGAUGGAAUUCUCAACGAACCCCCGAUGUACGAGGAAGAGACUCUUGUGCCACCUGUUACAAAUGAAAUUGACCAUCCCAAUGUUGACUACGAGAGUAAUGGAGUCAUCUGGGUUCCACCGCCUCCCGAGGAUGAGGAUGAGGAUGAUGCUGAAAUGAGCUUGGUCGAUGAGGACGACGAGGAUGUUGAGUGGGUGCCGCGAAUGCCAGGGAGUGUCAGCAGCAGUGAGAACAGAAGCAAGGCAGCAAUGCGUGCCAUAGUUGAUGGUCAUUUUAGAGCUCUUGUUGCCCAGCUUCUUAUUGCAGAAGAUGUGCGGUUAAGAGAUGGAGGCCCAAGCAGCUGGCUGGAAAUUGUGAGUACGUUGUCAUUGCAAGCUGCCAAUCUAGUUAAACCGGAUACAAGUAAAGGAGGUGGUAUGGAUCCAGGUGGCUAUGUGAAAGUUAAGUGUAUAGCUUCUGGACGGCGCGAAGAUAGCAUGGUUGUUAAGGGCAUUGUAUGUCAUAAGAAUGUACAAAAUCGGCGCAUGGCAUCUCGUUUCAAGAGUCCACGUGUACUUUUAUUGGGUGGCGCACUGGAGUAUCACCGCGUUUCCAAUCAGCUUUCAUCCCUCGACACUUUGUUGCAACAGGAAAGAGAUCAUCUCAGCAUGACAGUUGCUCGUAUUGAAGCCUACCACCCUAAUGUUCUUUUGGUGGAGAAAACGGUGUCAAGAUACGCACAGGACAAGUUGCUGGAGAAAGACAUUUCAGUUGUUUUGAAUGUCAAACGGCCACUUCUGGAACGCAUUGCUCGAUGUACUGGUGCCCAGAUAGUUGCUUCUCCAGAAUACCUUAUGGCUCCUACUCUUGGUCAAUGUGAAUUCUUUCACAUUGAAAAGUUUGUGGAAGAGCAUGAUUACAAGGACCAUGGGGGUAGACCAGGUCCGAAGUAUCUGAUAUUUUUUGAAGGCUGCCCAAGACCUUUGGGUUGCACCGUCCUGCUCCGAGGUGCAACUACAGAAGAAUUGAAGAGUGUGAAGAAGGUGGUACAGUUCGCAGUAUUUGCUGCUUACCAUCUAGCUUUGGAGACCUCUUUCUUGGCUGACGAAGGUGCUACACUACCUGAACUUUCACUUUUAUCUCCAGGGUCCACUGCGCAAGGCACUGCACGGUCAUCAGAUAAGCCGGUUUCCACAACUUCGGGCUUCACAAACCACUCAUCAUCUGGACAUUCGCAUGUACUUAACUCUCAAUUCGAGCAUCAAGGUAAUAAGUCCCAAUCAUCACUGCCGAUAAAAGCUUCAAGAGGAGCUGUUCCGGCUGCCUUCUCCAAUUAUGAUAUGCGUGGUUUGGAGGAUAAAUCUAAAAUGGAUAUUGUUUCUGUCCCUGGGGCCGGUUCAGGUGCUAGCUUAGCAGUUGGUGCUAAUCUAGAUCCUCCUCAAGGAACUAAGAAUGUGAAGCACAACAGCUCUCGCUUAUCCUGGAAAGAAGGAUCAAGCAUGCAGCUUUCUUCUGUUGGGGAUUUGCACCAACUAGAGCAACUGUCUAAGCAGGAGAAUAUGGACUUCAAUGAAGGCUCUACUGCUCAGGGGACUGUGAUGAAGGAUGAUUUUGCCUCACCAUUAUCAGAUCAUCAAAGUAUCUUGGUUUCCCUAUCAAGUCGAUGCUUACGCAAAGGAAGCGUUUGUGAGCGUCCUCACCUCAAGCGUAUUAAGUACUAUGGAAGCUCUGAUAAGCCUCUUGGGAAGUUUUUGAAGGACUCUCUUUUCAAUGUGACUAGCAGCUGUGGUUCUUGUGAGGAGCCGCUUGAUUCGCAUGUUCAUUGUUAUACACAUCGCCAAGGGAGUUUGACUAUUUCAGUUCAACGACUGAGAGAUUUUGAGCUUCCAGGAGAGAAAGAUGGAAGGAUAUGGAUGUGGCAUCGAUGUCUUCGUUGUCCACGGACAGAUGGUGUUCCUCCAGCAACAAGAAGACUUGUGAUGUCUGAUGCUGCUUGGGGCCUUUCGUUUGGCAAGUUCUUGGAGCUGAGUUUCUCAAACCAUGCUGCAGCCAGUCGUGCUGCUGCUUGUGGUCACUCUUUGCAUAGAGACUGUCUAAGAUUUUAUGGGUGUGGCAGCUUCGUGGCUUGCUUUAAAUAUGCGACUAUCAACCUCCACUCGGUUGCUGUACCUCCUCCGCAACUGGAAUUCCACAACCCUAAGCAGCAGGGUUGGCUACUGAAUGAAGCGAAUGAGGUCGCAAACAAAUCCGAUUUAGUAUUUGCAGAGAUCUUUAAUGCAAUAGGUGUGCUUGGGGAAAAGAUUUCAAGCUCAAAGUUUGUGUACUCCAGUGCCAAGCUCUCUGAAGCCAGGCGGCAGAUUGUGGAGUUAGAAAGCUUGUUGCAGAGGGAGAAAGCCGAGGUUGAGGCGCAAUUACACAAGGCUGCACCGUUAUCUGGUCCAUUGGUGGCUGAUAUACUAGCUCUGAAUAAGAUAAGACAACACCUAUCAGAUACUUCUGCUGCCUGGGAAGAAUGUCUCUGUAAGCUUUCUGGCUCUCUCAAAGUGCGACAUCCGAUGAGGACCUCUGAUCCAGGAUUUCUUGAUUCAACGUUGUUGCUCUCUAAAAUUGGCAAUUCUUCAUUCGGAAGAUCCAGGAACUUAGAGGGUAAUUCCAUAGGAAAGGAAGAACGAAUGACCAUUUCGAAUCCAGAUAUGGGAAAUCGAAAAGAGCAGGAACUUGCGGAUGAUUGUAUCGGAGAAAUUAUCGAACAGACAGCUCCCAAGCAGCAGAAUACGCAAGCUAUUUUGGAUAUUAGUGGUGAUUCUGGUAGUGAAGGAGCUUUACGGCUUCUUGCUUCUCCAGUAGCUUCGAAUUCGCCGAAGAAUGUGACAACGAUUUCUGUGUCUGGUGUUCACCCGUUGUUACUUGAUGAGAUUGAGGAAAGUUCAAGAACACAUUUCAACAGCUCCAUUGGACUCUCAAAACAAUUAUCAAGUCCUUUGCCUAUUGCUGGUGCCCUUGAAGAUUUGGCAAGUGCAGAAAAUAUGGAUUCACUCCAAGAAGGUUUUAGGAUAGGCAACAAAGUUUUGGCAAGCCUCAAUUGUCCAAAUGAAGGAGAGGCAAGUUUAAUUACUCCUUUACCUGAGGGCCUUAGCCCUAUCCCUACAGACUCCGAAAAUCUGGAAGGGGUCUGGCUCGGAAGUAUCAGCAGCAUGGACGUCUCUAACGUGCAUGAAGGUUUAGGUGUUCACAAAGUGAUCUCUUCUCCCGGAGGGAUGGUUAACAUUGGCAUCGAAUCUUCUCAGGAGAUGUCUUUGGUGCACGGUGGAGAUCUACCUUUGCAAGACAGGGAAGUGGUCGAGAAAAGUGAUGCAACCUUGCAAUCAAAUGGCCCAGCGUCUCCAUUAAGAUCUGUAGGCAAGGACAAAGAAUCAUCCGAGGAUUCACUUGGGGUCCCUGCAGGGACAUUGUCUAAUCUGCCUCAUAAAAACGUGUAUAGUCUUCCAGGAUCUACUCAGAGUAGUAUUGCUGGAUCUCCACCAAGGGCAAACCCAUCAACACCUAUGAUCGUUUCCCUUACUGGUCAUCUCUCUGCACCUGGUGCAGCACGUCUCUCUCUUCCACCCUGCAUCCAUGAUACUGUAAUCAAUGUCUACGACGAUGAACUUACAAGUAUAAUUGCAUAUGCUCUUCUAACUCCAAAAUAUCAGGCAGAACUUCGGGAAGCAGUUGUAGAGAAUGACAAGGAUAAACCUAAGGAAAAGUUACGAGAGAGUGAAGAGAAUGAGGUUGGAGACUUCUCAAACAUGAUGGAUUCUAUUCAUCAAAUGGAGGAGCCGACCGCCUGCAUCGACGUAGAAAAUGAUUUAAUUCUCAAAGAGAAGCUAUUGAGAACUGCUUCAACGGAAGUACUGACACCAAGAGAGAAGAGAGAUGUGAAGGUGGCAUUUACAGAGCAGGAAAGUGGAGUUUCAGUUCUAAGCGGGAAAGUAGAGUUCCGGGUCACUUGCUAUUAUGCCAAGCAAUUUGACGCACUUCGGAAAAAGUGCUGUGGAGGAGAUAUGGAUUAUAUUCGCUCAAUGAGCAGAUGCAAGAAAUGGGGAGCUCAUGGAGGGAAAAGCAAUGUGUUUUUUGCCAAGACUAUGGAUGAUCGAUUUGUGGUCAAACAAGUGACGAGCACUGAGAAAAUAUCAUUCCUGGACUUUGCUCCACGAUACUUCAACUACCUCACUGAAUCUAUUAAUUCUGGGAGUCCUACGUGUCUUGCAAAGAUUGUUGGACUAUACAGGGUCUCGGUAAGGCAGGCUAAAGGAAACAAAGAACUUGACUUACUUGUUAUGGAGAAUCUUCUCUAUGCACGCAAUGUCAGUCGCCUCUAUGAUCUCAAGGGAUCUGUACGGUCGAGGUAUAAUUCCGAUCUCACAGGAAACAACAAGGUGCUACUUGAUGAAAAUCUGUUGGAGAUGAUGCCAACUUCUCCUAUUUUUGUCAGUAACAAAGCCAAGCGUUUACUUGAAAGGGCUGUUUGGAAUGAUACAGCCUUUCUUGCGGGAGUACACGUAAUGGAUUAUUCUUUGCUUGUCGGUGUGGACGACGAGCGACAAGAGUUAGUGCUAGGUAUAAUUGAUUUUAUACGUCAAUAUACAUGGGACAAACAUCUAGAGACCUGGGUGAAAGCAUCUGGUAUACUUGGUGGACCGAAAAACGCAGCACCAACGGUGAUCUCGCCAAAACAGUACAAAAAGAGGUUUCGCAAGGCAAUGUCAACUUACUUCGUCAUGGUACCUGAUCAAUGGAGUCCAAGCCCUCCACUUAUGGGACCACUUCGGACAAGUGAGUUACCUUCGUCAGAUGAUGUGACAUCGGUUGUUGCUCCCACGAAAGAGGCGAAGUUGUUGUCCGCAGGUUGCUAGGAAACAUGGUUGAGGUCGGUGGCUGUUCCACCUUCUGUCACCUUCAGCGUCUGUAUUAUAACCUUUUGAAAGAGUAAUCAAGGGCAGCACUGGUCUUUGCCUAGCAAGAUGAAGAUGAAUAUUUACUUUUUAGGCAUUCAUUGUCCCUUAGUUUAUUACCGAGCCCUUCUGUGCUAGAAGUAGUGGCAUUUGAUCAAUAUUCAUUUAAGGUGAUUAGAAGUUUGGCAUUAUCGUCUUUAAAACAAACACUUUGAUGAUUUACAACAAAUCAAGUACAAAUAACUCAGCAUUAGCAUAAUUUUUUCUAACGUAAGACAAACAACAAAUGUUCUAGUAGUAAACAGUGCGUGCCACCAAGUCAUGAAAGAUUGUACAUUGCAAAAUGUACAUAGUAAUAUAAAAUUUACUAACAGAUAGGAUUUGAUACU